CUUCCAAACUGGUCAUAUUUUGCUUUAUUUUUGGUAGCUUGCUGCUAUAAAAGAAUCGAAUGCCUCGGAAAUUUAUUCAGAUUUAUUUAAAAUUUUGAAUAUUAAACAAGUGAAAACUUCUCUUAUCAAUUAAAAUGGCGAAAGUUAUGAUAACCUUCCUCGCUGUUUGCGUUGCUUUGGCUAUGGCCAAUCCAGCUGGAUAUGGUGGCUCUGGCGGAUUUGGUGGGCAAGGUGGUUUUGGCAGCGAUAGUGGAUAUGGCCACCAAGGAGGAUCUCAUGGCCAGAGCGGAUUUGGCGGUCAAGGUGGACAUGGUGGACAACAAGGUGGUUUUGGCCAAGAAGGAGGAUCAUUUGGCGGUGGACAGGCUGGAUUUGGCGGUCAAGGUGGACGUAGUGGACACCAAGGUGGUGUUGGCCAAGAAGGUGGAUCAUUUGGCGGUGGACAGGCUGGAUUUGGCGGUCAAGGUGGAUAUGGCGGUCAAAGUGGAUAUGGCGGUCAAGGUGGACAUGGCGGUUUGAGUGGUAGCCAUGGCGGACACCAAGGCGGUUAUGGUGGUGGACAGCACGGUGGUCACUAUUAAGUUUGAAUGUUGUACAUAUGUACAUACAUACAUGUAAAAGUAUUGAACAUUUGUGCACAUACAUAUAUACUUAAAUAUGUAUAAACAUUUACCCUACAUACAUGCAUCUGUGAAUAAAUUUAAGACCUAAAUGCGAA